AUGAUUUUCUUUGGUUAUCCCUGUAAAACAAACAUUCUUGUUGGUAGGCAAUUGCGCAUUAUUGACUUUGGUAGUGCUGUGAAUGAUUUCACAGUGAAACAUUUUUAUGGAUCUCUUGGACCAUCGAGCAAUGAACAAACGUCAGGGUAUGCUCCUCCAGAAGCUUUUCUGAAUGUCAGCUGGUAUAAGGGGCCUUCAACUGUUACAUCAAAGUAUGAUAUGUGGAGUGUUGGUGUGGUAAUCAUGGAGAUGAUCUUAGGAUCACCAAAUGUUUUUCAAAUAAAUUCUAAAACGCAAGCACUUCUUGAUCAACAGCUCAAAGGUUGGAACGAUAACUUGAAAGAGCUUGCGUACAAGCUUAGAUCAUUGAUGGAAAUGUGCAUCUUAAUCCCUGGAAUUUCCUCAAAGCUCCAUCAGAAUGGGGGUACAAAUAGCCAGAGUUCUAGUUCACCAGUUCCGUGGAAGUGUUCUGAAGAGUAUUUCUCUUAUCUAAUACGGAGUAGAGAUCCUCUUCAAUUAGGAUUUCCCAAUAUAUGGGCUUUGCGUUUAGUACGUGGCUUACUAGAGUGGGAUCCUGAGAGUCGGCUGAGUGUUGAUGAUGCUCUGAGGCAUCCUUACUUUACAUCAGCUUCUUAA